ACACAGGAGGACAAAGGGUGUCUCUCCGCGACGCGGCUACUCCCGGCCAGCUACGAGGACGCAUUCCCUCGUCGCCGUUCUUACUUGAUCGACCAGCAGCAACAGCGUCAACGUCAGAGUGGCCAUCAGCAUGAACGGUACACAACAUGUCGAUAGGAAAAAAUGAGGAUGACUUGAAAAAAAUUAUCGCGGAGUUACGGGCAACAUUGAAUGAGAAGGAGGCUGAAUUGGCUGAUUUGCAACGCAAGAAGCAAAUUGUACAGGAAUAUGGCUUGAGCAAUGACGAAAUUCUCAGAUAUAGUCGACAGCUCUUCCUACGAGAAAUCAAUGUGCAGGGUCAGAAAAAGAUAAAGGACAGUUCUGUACUUAUAGUAGGAGUAGGUGGUCUUGGUUGUCCUGCUGCUUUAUACUUGGCAUGCAGUGGGGUUGGUCACAUAGGCAUAGUAGACUAUGAUAAUAUUGAGUUAAACAAUCUUCAUAGACAAAUAUUAUUUAUGGAAGCAAGCAUUGGUACUGCCAAAGUGACAGCAGCAGCAGAAACUAUUAAUCGGCUAAAUAGUAAUGUCAAGGUCACUCCAUAUAAAAUCCAGCUGGAUAGUAAGAAUGCCUUGGAUAUCAUAAAGAAUUAUGAUAUUGUAUUGGAUGCCACAGAUAAUGUAGCCACACGUUACUUACUGAAUGAUGCAUGUGUCUUAAGCGGAAAGCCACUAGUUUCCGGAUCAGCACUGAGGUUCGAAGGGCACUUAACGGUAUUUAAUUACAACGGCCCUUGCUACAGAUGCAUAUUUCCCGAACCUCCUCCGCCAGAAACUGUAACAAACUGUGGAGAUGGAGGCAUUCUCGGUGCAGCUGUAGGAAUAAUUGGUGUAUUGCAAGCACUAGAAGCGUUAAAAAUCAUGCUUGAGCUACCUGAUGUAACUUCCGAACGAAUGUUAUUAUUUGACGCAAUGGAAACCAAGUUUAUGAACGUACGUCUACGUUCGAAGAACACAAACUGCGUCGUUUGCGGAGAACAUCCUGUUAUACGCGAAUUGAUAGAUUACGAAGAGUUCUGUGGUGCAAAAGCAAAUGACAAAGAACCUAAUUUGAAAUUGCUCAAAAAAGAAGAAAGGAUAACGGUCGAAGAAUAUAAUCGAAUCGCAAAAGACCAUUUGCAACUUCAUGUGUUGAUUGACGUACGUUCACCCGAAGAAUAUCAGAUUUGCCGUUUACAGGAUUCGAUCAACAUUCCAUUCACAGAAAUCAACAAGGAACAUAAUUUGCAACAAAUAAGAGAUAGCGUAAAGAAGGUGCAGGAAAAACAACCUAUAGUAAAUUUAUAUCUUCUAUGCAGACGCGGCAAUGAUUCGCAAAAAGCCGUGCAAUGUCUGAAAAAAACAUUUACUGAAAAUACUUUAAAUAUAAGGGAUAUAAUUGGAGUCAGACUAGUUUCUGGAUAUUUGUAGUGAGAAUCUGGUAAGCUUCUUAAUUUCGCUGCUGCUUGUUCCGGCGUCAGAUCUCUCUGCGCCUGGGCCAGAAGCUCAUAGCCGACCAUAUGCUUUUUUAUGGUAGCAGAU